CAUAGGCAUAGGCACUUGACUGAGGCGACUGAGCUGUGACGUUCGUUCGUCCUAAAUUCGGCUCGCGUUGAACAAGUGCGUUUCGCCAGCUUGUCUCGGAUUUUUCGGCCAACUUUGCCAGGCCAGGUGUCCACGACGAGCCUAGUGAUGUUGCUGCCCACCCAUCGGCUGACCAGCCUCUGAUUCCAGGCCAAUCAAGCCGAGCUUUGGUGGCCGAACCGCAGGCCGAGAGCAUCGGGAGCAGCGAGUGCGUCCUUUGUGUCACCGUCUAAGCAUCCAUCCUACAGCCCCAAAGACACUCGUGUGCCCGCAGAAUGUGCCCCGCGUCGUGCCGCAGUUGGCAAGCGGUGAUAUUGCUCGCAUAUUAAUUGAUCGGCACGAUCAUGGACGCCGCUGGAUUUGUAAGCCGCAGGCAACACCAAUCCGGUGGACACGUUGAGCGCGAGAAGCUGCGCGAAAAGGAGCGUUUGGUGAGGCUGCAGAUCAGCUCGCAAGCCGUGGAACGAGAUGACUCCCUGCCGUCUGCUCCCGUCAGUGGUGCUCCUCUCUUCUCACUCCCUGUCCGGCCUAAGUCGACCGACAGGGUCACCCAGCAGAUCCAGAGCAAGCUCGGCAACUUCAGCAACGUGCGUGAGCUGCUCGAAGAGCCAAAACGGCUGAUUGGCCUCGAUGCCGCAAUGAGCGCCCCUUCGCCGGCACCUCUGGACGUCAAGAAGCAGAGUCUGAUGUCAGGGGUGCCGCACCAUCACUCGAGUUCACGCUACUCUUCAAGCAGCGUCAAGGCCGAGCCACCCUCAGCCAGUGGCCACUCCGUGCCAUCCAGGCACUCGGCGGGCAGCCUCAUGCCCCCAGCCCCUGUGGCCCACCAGCAGUCACCCGGUUCCAGCGCCAAACUCAACGGCAGUUUGGCACCCAAAUCUUCCUUCAACUCUUUUAGUCGACCAGCUUCCAAGAACCUUCCGAAACUGGAAGGUUUAGGGAAAAAUCAGGAGCUGGAUGUGAUUUUUAAGGAGAUGACUGAUCUCCCCUCCAUGAUGGAAGGCAUCCAGACGCCACGAAAGGAGCCCUCCGAAUCCAGAUUCAGUUUUGAUCACCAUCACCGACCACCAGCCAAGGUGAAAGAACCUCUCUCCUUGCCGCCGCCUGGUCCUUUAACUGCACUUGUAACGCCUGAACCCAAACCCCCUCAACAGGGUUUGUCAACCAACACUAGAGAGCAUAAAACGUCGCAUGCGGGGAGCUUAACGAGUCCGUCGGAGUCUUGCACUGAAUUAGAAAAAGACUUGGACAUUUCUGAGGAUUCGUCUGAAUCUGACUCUGAUGUCCGCAACAAGUACUCAAAAGCGCAUGUGAAAGGAACGAGCAGUAACUCUAAUUCCACUCGAGGCGCGCCAUUGGCAAUCACAACUCCGAGACCUUCGGUGCCUCCACCGCUGCUGAGUCCUUUACCUUCGACCAGCGUCCGUAUGGAGGACGCCUCACCUAUUGCACCAAUGCCUAUCAAUGCGUCUGAAAGUGGUGGCACCUCGUCAGAAGAAUCUUCUUCUACUUCUGGCUCAGAGUCGAGCACUGAGGAAGAGGAGUCAGCAGCGCAGGAAAAGGUGCCGCCUGCCUCCAGACCUUCUCCUCCAAGACCGCCGUCACCAAAGACCAACGAAGCUCCAGAAUUGGAGAGAAGCUGGAAACUUGCAUCUUUCAUUGAUGCAGAGCGAGCCAAGGAAGAGGAUUCCAAUAAGAAGUCACAGGGUUUGUCCCCAAAGAGAGGUUCUUUGCAGGACGACUGCAGCGAUGAUGAUCGCAUUCCCCUUUCAGAGCCAGUUCCUCCGACUCCUUUGCAGCCUAUGCUCUCUGAUUCAGAAGAACUGGACACAAGAAAAUCUAGUGAGGCAGUCAAGAGGAAGCAACCUAAGAAGAAGCGGUCAUCGACAAGAAGUAUUGAGGAAAAGAAAAAGGACUCCGACUCUGAUGAGGACACUGAGCCCAGCAAGGCUAUUCGACUGCCUAGGAAGAGCAAGGUGAAAGGCGAAGAGUCGCGCAGGAGUAGUACUGUGAUACCCGUGAAGAAGCAGCGACGAACUGUUUCUCGGGAUGAAACUCCAGCGCCUAAGCCAAAGAAGGUGCCACGUCCCUAUGUGGUAACAAAGGCGCCUGUCACCUCUGGCGGCAAAGGAAAGCAACGUAGCAAUUUAAAGAUGAAAAGUGUUGAAGAAUGUCCAACAGACAGCAGCAGCAACAGUGGUAGCGACUCUGACACAAAAACCACCAAGAAGCCAACAAGUGCCCCUUUACAAAGUCUCCAUCCACCUUCAAGCCUAGUCAAAACACCGUGGAGCGCAAGCACUGCAAUUCCAAAGCCGUCAGCCACAGUUGCGCCAAGGAAGAGGGUCAGCGGCAAAGGGGUAGCCAGGAGGCACCACAGUUCAGACAGCAGCUCUGACUCUGAUAAUGAUGUUGCAGACACAAGACAAAAGAGUGGAGCUGGCCUGGGGAAGAAGGAUGAAAGUCCUCCAAAGCUAGAGGUGGACGAAAAAAUCAUUCAGGACAAAAAGAAGAAUGAUACUUUGAGGAGACUGUUUUCUAAAUCUGGCCAGGGCGAUGGUGGGAAGGGUGGUAAGGGAGUGAAGGCCAGGUCAGGCCGAUCUGAAAGGACUGAGGAAGAGAUUCCCGCGAGCCCAGCUGUUGCGCUGAGAAGCCCAUUUGUGGCUACACGGGAGUCUUCGCCACCACCAAGAGUGAUGUUGCGCCUUGUGUGCCGCAUACCACUCAAUAGACUGUCUGACGGUCAAGUUAGGAGGUUGACUGAUGUGAAACCCAAGGUGGCUGAGGUCAUUACCGAAGACUUGGAAGUGCCUAAAGCACAGGUCCUUUCGAGACUUUUUGACUCUAGUAAGACUGGCUCACAAUCCCCAAGCCAGCCAAUCUUGGGUGAAAGUUCGUCCGACAGCAAGUCUGACAAGAAGAAAAAGAGUUCCAGCAAGGGAGAAAGUAAGAGCCACGGAAAGAAGACUAAACCUGAUCGCGAGAGACGCAUGAGUAGUAGUUCUGUGUCAUCGAUCUCAACGGUCAGCAGUAGGAUCUCAGCCACUAGCGUGCCUCAGGAGCACAAAAGACCCAGCAAAAGGAGUCGCAAGCACAGCCUGGAGGACGAAGAAGUGGCCGAAAAGAAGCGUCGGAAAGAUGAAAUACGAAACAGCAUCAUGAAGUCAGUGCCUAGUCAGAAUGAGGAGUCUCUGUGGGUUUCCCCCUCUUCUCCCACCAACCACGACAGGGUACCUUCACAGGGUCCAGGCCCAUCCUUUGAUGACCCGGACACACACCUUGUGAACCCUAGCAAGGCACUGUCACCCUUAAGCUCACCACCAGCAAUUUACUCUCCCACUGUGGCCAACCAGGGAAAUUCAUCCGGCAGCAGCAGCUGGAGAGGCGCCGAUUGGGCAAGUCAGCAACCUGGAUCCUCAAGCAGUAAGAUGUACUACUCUUACCUGGAGCACCCAGACGAUGACAUCAUGGAGGAGGACAAGUUGUAUUGGUGUAGAGAUCAAACCCGUUACCUGAUGGAAGCAAAGCGACUGAAGCAUACGGCAGACAAGGAAAAAGAUCACACCGCUCAGGCCAUGCUGUACCUGGAAGCUGCUCUUUAUUUCAUACUUACCGGGAAGGCAAUGGAGACAGAUAAUUACGAUUCAGAAAUGGCAGCCUUUACCAUGUAUGAUGACACCCUUAAGUUAAUCAAGUACAUAUCAUCGAAGUAUCGCAAUCAGCAACAGUAUAACUCAGCGCCUGGCAGCAUCGACAACAAACUAGCAGUUUUAAGUUUACGUUGCCAGUCAUUGAUUUACCUCAAGCUGUUCAAAAUGCGAAGACACGAAGCUCGAGAACUGCAAAAAGUUCUCACCUCCUAUUUUACAAAGUUCCAUCAAACUCCUCCAAUUCUGGUGAACAGUGAAGCGUGGAGUGUUGCUCGAACGUCGGAGACGCCGUCUCCACAGUCACCUGGGUCAGUCGGCUCGGUGAACAGCCAAAGUUCGGGCUACAGCAGUGGCGAAUUGCGGCCCAAAGCCCCUGGUAGUGCCAACCCCUCCUCCACUUUGACUGCUGGUCAGCAAACACCCCUCAACCAGUGCAUCGCCAUUCCCUUACCAGCUCACCAGGCUUUCCAGAAGCAGAACAAACAGUACAUCUACCUGUCCACGUGCCAUGACUUGUGGGAUCAGGCGGACACGCUCAUCACUAAGGGUAGAUCUAAAGAUUUCUUUAUCCAAAUGGACAGAAAUGUUGGCCCUCUGACACUGCACAGUUCGUUGAGCCACUUAGUGAGAUAUAUCAGAUACGGGAUUAAAGUACUGAAGGAGUCGCAUUGAUGUUUGUGAAUAAUGUUGUAAUUGCGAUGCAUUUUCCCUACAAAUUUGCUAACCAAACAAGCAACCCACAAGUUGCCUACGAGUGAAAAAUUUGCCCCUUUUUUCGGCAAAGUUCAACCAGCCAAGGCUUACUUACGAAAGUAAGGAUUUUAUUUUUAGCUAUUUUAUUAUUAUUUAUUUUUUGAAGACAAUCUGAAAAUAUUUAUUUUUCUUUCGAAUCUUUACUGACAUACAUUUUUUCCAUACUUUCUGCCAGUCAAAGAGUUGGCUGCAAUCAGCAAUUUGAGGCUGUCCAUGUAAUCAGUCUUUAUUGUGUAGUUUUCAAUAACUCUUUCUGCUUUGAGCUCUCUGAAUCAAUUAUUAGGUGUUUGAAGGAAUUCAUAAUGUUCCUAGAGAGCUUUAAAAUGAAUAUGGGAUUGUCAAUUUCUCUUCAUCACAAUGGAAGUGCUUUUUGUCUGAGGAAAAUUCAAAUCAACAAGUUUUUUUGUUUUCUCUGUGCAUUUUGCAAUUUACAUGCGUUUUAUUACCUUUAAAUUAAGAAAAAUUUUCAAAAUCCUAAAUUAUUUGUCAUUGUUUUAUUGCAAGCUUGUGAAGUUAUAAAAAUUGAUACCUGCAAAGAGCCUUGAAAUUUCUUGAAAACAAAAAAGCAUUUUUGUGUGUUGUCAUAUUAUUGUUUGUUACCAUUUUAAUAGCAGAGAGCUGAAAUGUAAAGAAAAGAGAUAUGUUACUUUCUUCUACGGUUGCACUACAUGUUGCUGCAUUGUAGCCUGGAAAACAAAAUAUUCUAUAUUUUGAACACGGAAAGAAAAAACCUCAAUCCACAGAUGUAAUUUUUUAUUGACAAGACUUGCUACUUGAUCAAGAUGCAGAUGAAAUGCCCGAUAUGAUAUAUUUUUACAUACAAUACGAUCAGAGACCAUGAAAACAAAAUGGCACCAGAAACAAAACAAAAACUAUGUCUAACUGAUUAAAAGCCUUUUUAUUGCGCAAAAAUGUGGAAAUUAGCAAUGAAAUUUAUUGAUGCGUAGAUAAAAUUAACUGAUUAAAUGUGUGUUUUUCAAAAUGACCUCUUGUCAAGCUAAAAGGGCAACAAUUAUAUGCAUAUAAAGUAAUAAUUAUAAAUAAACUUCUAUACCAUACAGCAGUGACAAUUACCUAACGAAUGAAGUGUCUGUUGCCUGAUUUUGCUGAUUAUAAGUUACAUGCGAGCAGUAUUUUUUUUU